UAUUUUCCUGACCUAUGAUGACGACUCAAGGAGGUUUGCAGCCGACAAGCAAUGAAGCUAAUAUGUGCACCAACGACAAUGGUAGCCAACUUGGUACACGGAUUGUGGACGAGAUUAUGGCCGGGAAGAACGUCUUCUUUGAUCUUCCUGACAAGUUGACUGGUGAGAUAUGGACCUUGAAAUUCCAUUGCAUUGGAGCACAACCUGGAAAAGAAAUUGUCACAGUAAAUAUUGAUAAAGCUUAUGUUGCCUUUUACAACGUGGUGUACAUAAAAUCGAAACUUGGAUAUUCUGGGAGGGACUUCUUGUUUUACAAGAAACGAUGUGGCAUUGAUCGAUCCAGGCUAUUGGCACUUGAUUACAUCCACCAAGAAGAGGCCAUGCUGUCUGAUAACAUGGAUGAGAGAAAAAUAAGUUUUGUGCUCACAAAAGAUCCACCCAGUGAUCUAGAGGUAAGCAUAACUCCCAUCAAGCGUCCAAGGCAGCGAACAAAUGUUGAUGAAGAAACUAUAGAAGUGUCGAUUGAUGCAUAUAAGGAGUGGCUUGCAAUACUACAACAUGAUAAUCCAGAAACGGAUUUAAUGGAUGACUUCAGGGAGGAUACGAUCAAAACAUAUAAAGAAUGGUUAAGGCAUCAAGGCGAUCUUCCAGAUAUCUUAUUGUAUGAACGACAAAGCAAUGAUGACCUAAUAUUAUCAGAUGAAGAAAUUCAUGGCAGCAGCAAACCUACUGCUAAUUGGCCAUCUCAUGCUAGACGUCAUAGGAAAAGAGAUCGUGGUAUUUUUUACUAA